AAAUUGCAUUAUGGGAUGGUAAUGGUGGGCGCGUGAUUUUGAACAAACACAGAAUGCCUAUCGAAAAAACAGGCAUUGAAAAUGGUAACAACAUUGAAGUAAUCCUCCCAGGUGGCAACAACGCAGUAUCUAUAUCAUCUGAAGUAGAUUUAGAAGAACAUUCUAGUUCUAACUUUGUUAAUAUUCCAGUGACACUGGAGUAUAAUAAUGUGAAAUCACAAGUUGUAAACAAAGUUGACAACCUGGAAUCAGAAAUUGUCAUCAACAAUCCGGAUGUGGCAACUUUGCUUGGUAACCCAGUUCAAUCAAGUGAUAGUGCCCUUCCUACGAUAACCUUGGCAAGUGAAGACUUCAACAGUGAAGUUGUGACAAAUGCUGUCUCUAAUUCUAACGAUGUAACUACCACACAAUCUUUAAAAAGACAGCUCUCUUCAACUACACCCCCGGUUGUACAUAAAGUCAUAAUAACCAAAAAUCCCAAUAGUGACCAGCCCCAGGUCAUGCCGGUUCAAGUGAAUCAGCUGGGACAACUCCAGCUACAGCAGGGACAUACUUUUAGUGUGGCCUCCUCAGGGGGCAUAAGUCUUCUACCUCAGGGAGCACAAACACCGACAAAAACAAUCACCAUUACUCCACAAGGUGUUCUCUCUCCGGGAAAACAGUAUGUUACUAUUCCAACUACUCCCACUAAAGUGUUGGGUGUUCCUGGAAAUAAAGUUCCCAUUUCUCCUGCAUUGAAAACCCCUACUAAAAUUACCAUGAUCCCAGUGACUAUUGGAAAAUCUCCUCAAAGACUUGUGCCGGCAUCUUCUGUGUUGAAUAAACAAGGAAACAUUUCUACAGGGGCUGCAGGUUCUAGACCCACUCUGAUUACAAUGUCGCCCUCAAAGGUCAUGAAAGAGGGCACAGUGGUUCAACAAAGACCAAUCCAAAUUCAACCACAAACAAAACAGAUAAUAACUAUGUCAGCUGGUGGUGGGAUAAAACAAGUACAGAUUCCUAAAAUUCCAAUUUCCAUGCAGGGCAGUCGGUUUCAGUAUGUCAGGCUGGUAUCUCCUAGUUCACCAGCAGCUAUGGCUGCAGGAGCAUCCAAAGCCACAACUUUGACAUCUUUAGUUCAGCCAACGAAGUCCAUUGCCCCAGCAUUGAGCACAUCUGCUGUUGUUUCUCAGGCCAAUCUCCAACAAUUUAAAAUCACCCUGCCAGCCCAAGGAGGAACACAAAUUGCCACUGCAAAACCACAGACUACCCAACAAGUACAGCGAAUUUUGUUGCCAGCUACCCCCACUCAACAAGUGGCGAUCCGAGUUUCCACACCUAGCCUUACUUCUGCCACGUCAGUGGCUCAGAUCAGACCGGCAGCUACCCCUGUGUCUAAUAUUGCUGGUCUGCCACCUGGAACCACGCUGCUGUCGAGUGGAUCAGGUCUUCAGGGGUUCGCCUUGGUCCCAGCAUCAUACGUUACACAGCUACAGCAGCAGCAGGUACAGCCAAAGACCAUCACUGUCCAGCAGCCCUCACUGCCCUCAGCGAGUACUGCUGCAGAACCACAGGCUGCCUUACUGCAACAGAGGCAGGAGUUUGUGCCUAUAGCUAGCAGUGACCCUUCCCUUAGUGCAAACCUGAAACAAAGUGUCAAUGGCUCAGCAAUAGAGGCAACUGGAGCACGGCCCAGAAAGCCCUGUAAUUGCACCAAGUCACAGUGCUUAAAACUAUACUGUGACUGUUUUGCCAAUGGAGAAUUUUGUCAUAACUGUAACUGCAAUAACUGUGCCAACAAUUUGGACCAUGAAGAGGAACGGUCCCGGGCGAUCAAGUCCUGUCUGGAUAGAAAUCCUAUGGCUUUCCAUCCAAAGAUUGGUAAAGGAAGAGAUGGUGAAAGAGACCGCAGGCACAACAAGGGAUGUAACUGUAAACGAUCUGGAUGUCUGAAGAAUUAUUGUGAAUGCUAUGAGGCAAAAAUUAUGUGCUCAAGUUCAUGCAAGUGUGUUGGAUGUAAAAAUUUUGAGGAGAGUCCAGAAAGAAAGACCUUGAUGCAUUUGGCAGAUGCAGCAGAGGUUAGAGUUCAACAACAGACAGCAGCAAAGACCAAACUGUCCUCGCAGAUAUCCGGAAUUCCAUCAAGGCGACCUCUGGCCACAGCUACAGGGGAAAGGUUGCCCUACACGUUUUUAACCUCGGAUGUUGCUGAAGCCACUUGCGCCUGUCUUCUAGCCCAGGCAGAAGAAGCCGAGAGACUGAAGAUGCCACCAGUGGUACAGGAGAGAAUGGUUAUUGAGGAGUUUGGACGUUGUCUUCUUCAAAUUAUAGAAUCUGCAAACAAAACAAAAGGAAUAAUCAAUAUAGAAUGAAAUCAAGUGAAAACACAGAUACGUGAUAGCAUGAAGCAUGAUGUUGGAUCAUCAUCCGUGUAAUUCCAGCUCCAUCACAAGUGUAACCUGUUCCUUGUUUACAUGUGUGUGUGUGUUAGUGUACCAUUCAUGCAUUGACAGUGUCUCCCAACUGUCGGACAGUGUGUUAUCAGAUGAUUAGGAAGGGUGACAGGAGGAGACAGCCAGAGCUGGCCAAGUAGAGUCCCGGAAUGUCUACAAAAGAUUUGUCCCAGCAGUGAUAAUUAGGACUCGGACAAGUCUCGACUCUGCUCCUACAAGAGAUGGCAGCUUCUAAAGCCUUUACUAUACCAAUCUAGUGACCAUGGGAAAAUGCAAGUGCUAUGGAAUGUUACAUAACACCGAGAAAUUAAGUUUUGAUGUGAUUGGUCAAUGUUUUACUGUUGAGUGAUCUACAACUAUUACAUUUCAUCUUGUAUUCAUUUUCAUUUUUAAUUGCUAUGUACAAAAAAUAUUUAUUUGCAUGAACUACAUUUGAUGUAAUUUUAUUAAUGCCUAAGAAAUUAGAAUGUUUAUUGAAUAUUUUGAACAAGUGAUAUUGUCAAAUUUCAUUCAAAAGAAGUACAGUAUGUGAGGGAAAGCAUUGUACUGUGAUCAAACAUUCACUGAUGGGUGUUCAGUUCUCAAUUACAGUACUUCUCUCUCAGAAUUUACAUUGUUAAAUGCAGUUUCAGAGUUCGGAACUCAUUUUGCAUGAAGGAAAAUUUAUUCUUUUGAACACGAGAGGGUACAAAGUAAACUAACUGUCACAAAUUCACAAACAUUCUGUUAAUUAUAUGUGUUGCAAAAAUAUGAAAUUUUGUGGUUAUUUUAUCUUGGAAUACUCAUUAGUUUCUCCAUGGCUUUCUGUAUGUAGCAUGUUCGGUCCCCUACUGCAUUACUGAACACAAGUUCAAGAAAGGGAAACAACUAUUGGGUACUUUGGAUAUUGGGUAUCUGUUCAAGGGAUAAAUUUAUUUACAUGUAGGUCAUCAAGAGGUUCUGUAAUAAUGGAGACUUUACAAAUAAACUGGUAAAUUUCACUAUUAGGAUGGAGUAUUUUGGGGGGAAUUUUAUGAAUGGGUGUUUUUCCAUUGAACUGCAAUUUUAUUCUAGCCAUUCACAUUUUCAAACUCUCUUGAAGAACACAGCUGUUAAACAGUUCCUUUGCUACAAAGAUUUGAAGUGUGAAAGUAAAAUAAAACCAAGUAACAUUUACUUGUGAUAGAAAAUGUUUCAAGUAUUAACGUACUGAUCAGGGCAAUAUUUUAAGGGUAAUCUUUUGUAACCGCAAAUAAAUAUGUACAUGUAGCAGGCAUGUCAGUAUAUUCAAAAUGACAAUAUCAUAAUUUAAAAAUUGACUGAUAACAUUGGGUAUAUGUGCUCAAUUUAACAGAACUACAUAUAUACCUGUGGACUUUUUUUUAUUGCAUAUGGUGUUUGUAAUUCUUUAUAAAUUCCUGAAUUUAUCAAAAGAGUACUGUAAGUACAUAUACUUUACUGAUGAAAAAUAAGUCUAUUAUACAGCUUUACUGUGUAUAUGUCAUAGCCAUAUGUCCUGUUUGUGAUGACAAGUAUUAGUGACUCCAGUAGUUUAUAAGGCCUUCAAGUCCCACUGAACCUAAAUAUUCAGAAAAAUGAUUGUUGCAGAAUUUGACAAUACAUCCAUUAAGCUUUAAAAUUUUUGUUGAUCUGUCAUUUCUUCUUUGUAAUUCAUUAUCUAGUCAUAAUUUUUCAGAGUUUUCUUUUUUUUUUCUUCAAACAUCGGUGGUGUAUAUCAGAAGUACUGAAUGAUGUGUGAAUGUAGCACAGUAUCUAGAUUGUAGAUGUCGCAGGUGCCAAAUUAAUGGCGUCUUGUUCUGGCAGUAAUUCUAACAUUUGCUCACAUUGUGUUACUUGUAUAUAUCAGAUAGAGUUUACUAAAGUAAUAUUGUAUAUUAAUGUUCAGAACAUCAAUCAGAGAAUUAUUAGUUGUUCAAUAGGGUACUUAUUUAGUGGUCUCCAUCAUUGAUUAAGUACUUAUAAAAAAAAGUUGGUAUGGUUGUACAAGUAUAACAACAUAUAAUUUUGUAUGGCAGUUACACCUUUAUCUUUUUCAUUUGACAAAAUAUACUUUCUUUUUGCAUUUUACAUGUGUGUAAAUAUACUAUAGCACAUUUUAAAUUAUUAUAGGUUUUAACAAAUCAGGACUAUUGUGUACGUGUAGGUAAUGAACAGUAGCGAGAUACAGCGUUAUGGAGAUCAUACAGUAGAAUAUACACACUGUGCAUAUAAUAAUGCUUGUCUGUUGAAAAUCUUGGAUGUGUGAUAGGUUCUUGAAAAUUUUGAGUGUCAUGUGCAAUAAUUAUAUAUGAGUAUGAAUGGCGUUAGUUUAUGAUUUAGACCCUUCAUUUCUGCAGCAGCUUAUAUGGAGUCCAAUAAAUCAUCAUGUACAUAAAUAC